AUGGGUACCCACAAAAAAGAAGCAAAUCGCAAGGAGCGGCAGGGCAAGACGGGCGAUGGCAUGGCGAACGUCAAGGUCAAGGGCGAGAAUUUCUAUCGCAAUGCGAAGAAGAUCAAGACCUUGAACAUGUUCAAGGACGGCAAGGCCCAGAGAAACGCCGCCGGAGAGAUCACAAAGGCCGCCUCAUACCAGAGCCGCGACCGGCCCAUUGCCCGUGUAGAGCCCAACCGCAAGUGGUUCAACGCUACCAGAGUCAUCUCGCAAGAUGCGCUCGAGUCGUUUCGAUCUGCAGUGCAAGCGCAGGCGUCGGAUCCGACCACAUAUCUCAUGAAGCGUAACAAGCUCCCGAUGAGCCUGAUUGAGGAGAAACCCAAUGUGAAUGGCCUGAAACAACAUGCCGCCAAAAUCGCAGUCGAGAGUCAAUCGUUCGGUGACACUUUCGGCCCCAAGGCGCAGAGAAAGAGGGUCAAGCUCGACGUCAGCUCCGUCGAUGACCUCGCUGGCCGGACCGGCAAGAUGCACGACACAUACCUGGAACGCUUGGAGCAGGCGAAGCUGCUUUCGGGCACGUCGGGUGAUGCGGAUCAGGGAGACGCCGAACAGGACGGUACUCUUACAACGGCCAGGGAGAGCAUCUUCUCUAAAGGACAGUCAAAGAGAAUCUGGAAUGAGUUGUACAAGGUCAUCGAUUCUUCAGAUGUCAUCCUUCAUGUUCUUGAUGCCCGCGACCCGGUGGGAACAAGGUGCAGGAGCGUCGAAAGGUAUUUGAGGGAGGAAGCUCCACACAAGCACCUUGUCUUUGUACUCAACAAGGUCGACCUUGUCCCGUCCAAAGUGGCUGCCGCGUGGGUUCGACACUUGUCUACUCAAUUUCCGACGCUUGCAUUUCACGCCUCCAUCAACAAUAGCUUUGGCAAAGGAUCAUUGAUCGCGCUGCUUCGUCAAUUCUCAUCACUCCAUUCGGAUAGGAAGCAAAUAUCCGUCGGUCUGGUUGGGUAUCCGAACACGGGAAAAUCCUCCAUCAUCAACACGCUCCGAAAAAAGAAGGUCUGCAACGUCGCCCCAAUCGCUGGAGAGACCAAAGUGUGGCAAUAUGUGACCCUUAUGAAGCGCAUCUACCUAAUCGAUUGCCCGGGUAUCGUGCCCCCGAAUCAAUCCGACAGCGAUGAAAGCCUUCUGUUGAGGGGGAGCAUACGAGUUGAGAACGUGGAAUACCCAGCGCAAUACGUAGACGCGGUACUCAAACGCGUACAGCCCAAGCAUAUGCAGCGCACGUACGAGAUCAAGGUGGACGAGCACAUGGAUGCGAAUACGUUCCUGGAGUUGCUAGCAAGGAAACAAGGGAGACUUCUCAAGGGUGGUGAACCAGACUUUGACGGAUGCGCAAAGAUUGUGCUCAAUGAUUGGAUUCGCGGCAAGAUCCCCUGGUUUACACCGCCACCCAUGAAGGACGGCAAAGGCGGCGGAGCGAGCGGACCGGUCAGAGAGGGCCGUGAAGGCCAGCUGGGCGAAAUGAGCAGGAAGAGGAAGAGAGAUGAUGAAACAGAAUCACCACAGAACGUGGGAGCUCGGCCAACUAGAGCACCGGCAUCCGCGGGGGGUGACGCAGAGUCCAACCCGGGCGAUGGUGACGAGUUCGAGGGGUUCAGCGAAGACGAGGGAGGGCUGGAAGUGAACGUCGAAGACGGGAGCACAGGAAGCGAGGGCGGUGAUGCAAGCAUGCUGGUCGCUGGCAGUAUUUCGAGCGACGAUGAGGAGGGGGUGGAGGAAGAAGUGCUGAACAUCUCGAAGGCUCUGAGGGCAGCGAAAGGGGCAUGA